CGCAUCAUCACCAAACCGCCCUCCGCCGCCUCCACCCGAUCGCGGCCGUGAACGUCUUCCCUCCGUCUGCGCUGCUACUCGCGCCAUUGCGUCCUUCACCCCCCGCCCGAUUGGCGCAAACUACCAUGGCCGCCGCCGCCCCCUCCGCGGCUCCGGCGCCGCACUCGCCGAGCGACGAGAAGCCCGCCUUCGAGCUCAACCUCCAGCACGGCCACAAGGACCUUGUCCAGGCCGUCGCCUUCAACACCUACGGCGACCGCUGUGCCACAGGAUCUGUUGAUGGCCGCAUCCGCGUCUUCAAUCGUCAUCGCGACGGCACCUGGAGGCUCUGCGACACGUGGAGCGCGCACGGCGGCGAAGUCCUCGAGCUGCAAUGGCUUCCCGCCACCAUAUACCCCAAUCUCAUCGCCUCGCUCGGCAUCGAGGGUUGGUUCCGGCUCUGGGCCGAGGACCCCUCCGCCGCGCCCGGCCGCCGCUUCUGCUCCGGCCGCUCCGUCUCGGGGCGGCCCGCCUUCGACACGCGCUCCAGCCGCGCGCCCUACCGCUCCUUCUCCAUGAAGCACAAUGAGGAGACGCGCCACACCUACCUUGCCCUCUUGGCCACCGACGGCCGCCUCACCAUCUACGAGAACGACUCGCCCGAGAACCUGUCCGAAUACACGUCCAUCGACGCCUUCACCGUCUGCCCCCGCCCCAGCCGUGGUGAGGAGGUCUCGUUCCGCGUGCGCUUCGACCCCAACCCGGAGUCCUGCUACGCCGCCUUGCGCGCCGGCGUCCCCACCGACGCCCUGGGGCUCGUCGUCGCCGGCAUGGACACGGUCAAGGUGUACCGCUCCCGCGACGUCGUGUCAGCCUCGUACGGCGUCUCCUCCACCCAGAAGGAGUUUUACCUCGCCGCUGAAAUCGUCGGCCACCGCGGCCUCGUCCGCGACCUGGCAUGGGCCCCCGGCAACAUUCGCGGCUAUGACAUGAUCGCGACCGCGUGCCAGGACGGCUACGCGCGCGUCUUCCGUCUUGACACGCCGCACUCGGACGACGACGGCAAGUCCUGGUCCGCAGCCGACCUCCUCAAGCCGGCCGGCGCCCAACCUAUCUGGGACCCGGCGCCGAAAGACGACCCCGAGAAGUCGCAGCAGCAGCAGCAGCAGUCACAACCACCACAGCACCAGCAAUCACAACAGCAACAGCAGCAACAGCAACAGCACAGCCACCCCUCCACACUGAGCGCCAGCCUCGCCAAAUCGGGCCACCAUGGCGACAGGCACUGGUCCGGCCAGCCCGGCCAGGUCAGGCACACGGUCCGCGAGCUCUCGCGCCUCGACAGCCACCGCACGCCCGUCUGGAGGGUCGGCUUCGACGACGACGGGCAGAUCCUCGGCAGCACCGGCGACGACGGCCGCCUGCUGUGCUACCGCCAGACGCCCGACGGCGCCUGGGCCAAGAGCUCCGAGCUCAUCAUGAUGAAGGCUCGCAUGUUUGCGCCGUAAGCGUCUCACUCGCGCGCAAACACACACACACACACGUUGUUUUCUUCCAAUACGGCGUUUGGUGAGGACAGGCGGAUUUAUGGGUAGGUAGUACCAUGCGGUAGGGUAUGUGGGCUUUUUCUUUGAUGACCCAGUGGCCACGGAUCCAUGAACUUUGGUCACGCACUGGGCUUGUACGAUACAGCAAAGUGUGUUGGGCGUUGCGGCGUUGGGUUGAAUAUGAUGUCGGCGGCUCUAGAACCGCCAGGGGGUCUACCUUGAGGCAUCAUCACAAAGCGUUCAAUCUGACAAAAGAUUUGAUCAUUGUGUGUAUUGAUAGUAUGGGGGUGUUAAAACCUCGGCAGACCGCCAGGGGCAUAUUCUAAUG